CUGGGAAAGUUUAUACCCAACCUGGCUGCCAAAACGCAGGACCUCCGGGCUCUGGUAAAGAAGAAUGCAGAAUUUGUGUGGGAAGAGACACACACCAAGAUACUCGAAGCACUGAAGGCGGAGGUCUAAGACAACACGAUAUCGCAAUACUUUGACAAACAGAAAGAAAUCGUUUCCGAGUGUGAUGCCAGCCAAAAGGGCCGGGGUGAAUGUAUACUCCAGUAUGUGUAUGGACGAAGAUUUGAGAUAGUCAGUGACCGCAGUCCAUUACAACAGAUCAUUAAGAAAGACAUAAGAGACACAACCACCCCGCCACAACAACUUUUGCAGCGAUGUCAAGGCUACGAUUUCACAAUCGAAUACAAGGGUGUUGAGAUGCACAUUAUCCGACUGCCUCUUAAGGUGAGGGCCGCCACCAGCGCCCAACUAAGGACCAGUAUCCGAGAGACCAGCCAAAUUGGGAUAUGUGAGGUUGCUGUGGCAAAUGAAUCUGACAUCAAGAAGAUUCGAUCAACUCAAAAGAAAGAUCCAGUCUUCCAGGAGCUAGAACGCCUAUGCCAGGAAGGAUGGGCAGAACACCACAAUGAAGUGCCAGAGUUGGCCACAGCUUACUGGGAUUACAGACAUGACAUUGCAGUCAUCGAUGGGAUCGUUGAGAAGAGCCAAAGGUUCCUGGUGCCGCAGAAAAUGCGUGAGUGCUUAUUCCGAAAGCUACACCAUUUGUCUAUCAAGGAGUGGACAAAUCUAUCCAAAGAGCCAGAGACAAGUGGUUCUGGCCUGGUGUGUCUGAACAGAUCAGGAGGCUUAUUCUGACCUGCUCAUCCUGUCUGGAGCACCAACCCAGACAGAAACAAGCAGUGGUUAUCCCUGUGAUCACAACCAAUGCCAUGCAGAUUCUGGGUUGUGACAUUUUCCAGGAUGCUGGUUGAUGGUACAGUAGCAUCGUCAACUACCACACAGGGUACCUGUGGGUGAAGCCAAUCAAGAACUAAGAAGUAGAUACAGUGAUCCAACAUUUUCAGAGUGUCUGUAGCCAGUUUGGUUACCCUACGGAGGUAGUGAGCGAUCAAGGCUUUCAGUACACUUCCAGCGACUUCCAAGUUUUCUUUUUGAAAUUCAACAUCAUCCACAAGCCAGGGACCCCUCACUCUUGGUGGAAGAACGGCUGCUGCCAAAAUACCAUUGGGAGGCUCAAAAGGUUGCUUGAGAAGUCCAAGGAAGAAGAAACGUCAAUGGAAGACAUACUUCUGAACAUCCGGGACACACCAUUAGACGCCAACACCCCUCCACCCUAUGAGCUGAUGUUUCAAAGGAAGGUCAAAUCAGACCUACCCUCAAUACCACUCAGCCUGUUUGACAGCAACAACAGCAUCAACGCAGGCCAUAGACGUGUGAAGCAUGCAGAGAGAACAAAUGAAAGUGAAAACAGAGGUGAACCACCAAGGCUGGAGCAACAUCAAACAGUCAUGUUUAUGAAGAAUCCUCAGGAAAAGAAGGCCCGAUGGUCAAGUGGGAUGGUCAUUUCAGUGGAAGGACAACGAUCAUACACCAUGGAAGACGACGCAACCAGAACACAAUGCUCCAGAGACCGGGUCCAUAUCAAGCCUAUCCCUGGUUAUGCCCCCACUCCACCUAAUGCAAAAGCUUCUUCGGAAAGAAGGUGCAUCAGUGCCAGUGGAAACGCCAGACACCAAGGUUACAGCUAGCCCACCAAAGCAGAGGCCCGAGACCUCCAUAAAGCAGAAACCCGACAAUCCACCAGACAGCGUCAGAACAUCCUGA